CCAGAUCCAGCAGAAUUAGCAGCAUGGUUCCUGCUCUCUCAGUAUCGCUGUGGUGCAGUAUGGAAUGAAAGUUAGCCUGAUGAACUGUGUUUGUGCUAUGGCACUGCAUAUUUUUAAGUUGAUGUAUUUACGUGUUGUAGACGAUGUCAUUUAUGAAUUUGGAUGUCCAUUUAUGAAUGUUUCUGCUCUUUUAUGAAUGUACAUCAGAAAUAAUUGGAAUAGCAAAAAUAGCUGACAGUAAUUAGGUAAAACCAUCCUAUGACAAAUUCCACUCAGCAGUAUGUUACAAAACAGUGCCAGUUGCAUAGGUCCAGGGUGUAAACAAAAGCUCAUUUGCCCGCUCCUAUUGCUUCUUGUAGGUUCUUUCCCUGGGUUUGUUAUCCAAGAACAUAAAAGCAGGGACGUCUGGGGAAAAAUUGACUGGAAUAAUGCAGCUAGUGCUCACUGGGAGUGAGGAGGGUGAGAUGAUGGCUGGUAGACAGCUCUUUGUUUGGGUUCUCCUCCCUACUUCUGCCUUAGAUACUCUGCUUCAGUUAAAGUUUUCAGUUGCAAUAAUUAGCUAAGUAGAGAAAGGAAAGAAAGUUAAUCACAGGUUUGUUAGCAGAGAACUUGAAAUUUUGAAUGCCCCUUCAGGGUUUUCUUGGGAUACGAGGUAACUAGAGGCUAAACAAAAUCUGUUUCUGCUAGCUUGUUUUAAAAAACUCACAAGAGGGUUGUUGUUUGUGUUUUUGUUGUUGUGUUUGUUUUCCCACGUAACUUAGUUUUCAACACAGAAUGCUUCAGACUUUCAGUUGAAGUCAGGACUACAUCCUUUUACAGACAGCGCUUAGCACAGUGAGAUUCCAGUACGGAUUGGACUGGAAUUUGGGGGUGAUGAGAUAGUUGUACAAGUGCAGUUUAAAAUACCAUCAAAACUACAACACUGAAGAGCCUUCUCGGGGCAAGGUGCAGCUAAUUCAUGGGCAGUAUCCAGCAUCUUGCCCCUGUCUUCAGAAGCAGAAAGCAUCAAGAUAAGAGACAAAAAUGACCGAGUUUUGGCUCAUUUCUGCUCCUGGGGAAAAAACUUGUCAACAGACAUGGGAGAAACUACAUGCAGCGACCACAAAAAAUAACAAUCUUUCUACUAAUUCAAAGUUCAAUAUUCCAGACCUGAAGGUUGGGACACUGGAUGUUUUAGUUGGUCUGUCAGAUGAGCUGGCUAAGCUGGAUGCAUUUGUGGAGGGCGUUGUGAAGAAGGUGGCCCAGUACAUGGCUGAUGUUCUGGAAGACAGUAAAGAUAAAGUUCAGGAAAAUCUUCUGGCUAAUGGAGUUGACUUGGUCACCUAUAUCACAAGGUUCCAGUGGGAUAUGGCCAAAUAUCCAAUCAAGCAAUCCUUGAAGAAUAUUUCAGAAAUUAUUGCAAAGGGAGUAAACCAGAUUGACAAUGAUCUUAAAGCAAGAGCCUCGGCAUACAAUAAUCUAAAAGGGAACCUUCAGAAUUUGGAAAGAAAGAAUGCAGGAAGCUUGCUAACCAGAAGCCUUGCUGAUAUUGUAAAGAAAGAGGACUUUGUACUUGAUUCAGAAUACUUGGUCACAUUAUUAGUGAUUGUACCAAAGUUAAACUAUAAUGACUGGGUUAAGCAAUAUGAAACACUAGCAGAGAUGGUUGUGCCACGUUCCAGCAAUGUACUUUUUGAGGAUCAAGAUAGCUACCUUUGCAAUGUCACCUUAUUCAGGAAGGCAGUGGAUGACUUCAAGCAUAAAGCAAGAGAAUAUAAAUUUAUGGUCCGUGACUUCCAGUAUAAUGAAGAAGAGAUGAAAGCUGAUAAAGAAGAAAUGAAUAGGCUGUCAACUGACAAGAAGAAACAGUUUGGGCCUCUGGUUCGGUGGCUGAAAGUUAAUUUCAGUGAAGCUUUCAUUGCAUGGAUUCAUGUGAAAGCACUACGAGUUUUUGUUGAAUCUGUUCUAAGGUAUGGUUUGCCGGUUAACUUCCAGGCAAUGCUGCUUCAGCCUAAUAAGAAAACAAUGAAGAAGCUGAGGGAGGUUUUGUAUGACUUAUACAAACACCUUGACAGCAGCGCAGCAGCCAUCAUUGAUGCAACUAUGGAUAUUCCAGGCUUAAACCUCAGCCAGCAGGAGUACUACCCAUACGUGUACUACAAGAUUGAUUGCAAUUUACUGGAAUUCAAGUAAAAGUUCCCUAACAUGACAAUCCUCUGUGUUGGUGUAAACAAGCUGAAGUGAGGGUGAAGUACAGUAAUACCUUUAACACUCUACUAAUCACGUGCUUGCUUCAUAUGUUAGGUGAAUUUUACCCACAGUGGUCCAUCUCCAGACAUUUUCUUUUUAAAGGAAAGUGUAGGCAAUCUGCUUUUAACAAUUAUGUCUGUAAAUGUAUAUUGAGAGAACCGAAGUAUUUAUAAACAGAGUGAUUUAUUUAAGGAAAAGGUCAUUCCUCUUUCAUAUGGUGAUCUGUAUUAAUUCCAUUUCCCAUUGUUUAUUAAAAAAAUGUUUACAGAAGAAUAGUGUAAAUGUUUAUGGCCAUUCUGUUUGAUUUAGUAAAUACACUUGUGUUAACAUUGUUGAACUGUGAUGUAAAGUAUGUAAGAUUGGUAAGAAAUUGUGCUUUUUGAAUGUUGUACAAUUACAAUCGAAGCACUGUAAACACACAGGAAAAAAAAUAAACAUACCUGUGCAAA